UCAUUAAAACUGAUGAUGGUUAAUGAAAGGCAAAUAUCCGAGGCAGGGCACAGAUCUGUGUCUAGGUGGGACAUAAAGUUGAAAAUCAAAGUUGUCAGUUGGAUUGUUUGGGAAGUUAAGUGCAUGGCUUCUUUCCCACCUACCAGUCAGUACCUUUAGGCUAUCCAAGAUGUCUCAGCUUUACCUGUUGGACUGGAAGUUCGUGUCCUUUUCAUUUUGUCGGGCCCGCACAUAAUCUUAAUACAGUGUUAUCUAAACCUAGCAGUAGGAUGUUAAUGUUUCUGUGCGCCCGAGGCUUGUCUGCUACGGAUUCUGAAGGCCUCACAGAUCAGAAGGCAUACUGAGAGUUUUUCCUCCUUAAACUGGUGGACAACAUAACGGCUUUUAGCAUGAUGUCAUACCUAAAACAGCCUCCUUACGGUAUGAACGGCCUGGGACUAACAGGCCCUGCCAUGGACCUCCUGCACCCUUCAGUGGGCUAUCCAGCUACUCCUCGCAAGCAGAGGCGCGAGCGCACCACGUUCACCCGCUCGCAACUUGACGUCCUGGAGGCCCUGUUCGCCAAGACACGCUACCCGGAUAUCUUCAUGAGGGAGGAAGUGGCCCUCAAAAUCAACCUGCCUGAGUCCCGAGUACAGGUGUGGUUUAAAAAUCGCAGAGCUAAGUGCCGACAACAGCAGCAGAGUGGAGGAAAUAAUGCCAAGGCACGGCCGGCUAAGAAGAAGUCCUCACCAGCAAGAGAGAGCUCCGGUUCUGAGAGCAGUGGCCAGUUCACUCCACCAGCAGUUGCCAGCUCAGCAUCAUCAUCAUCAUCUUCAUCUUCUUCAGGACCUGUAGGCAUCAGCAGUGCUUCUGCAGCUAUCAGUACCCCAUCUUCGGCCAUCUGGAGCCCAGCUUCCAUAUCACCAGGUUCUGUACCACCUUCUGCCAUGGCAUCCAUGGGAGAUCCUCUCCCGGCUAGUAGUGCCUCUUGCAUGCAGCGAUCUGCUUCAUACCCAAUGUCCUACAGUCAAGCUCCUGGCUACAGUCAGCCUUACCCAGCUCCACCCUCCUCAUCGUACUUUGGUGGCAUGGACUGCAGCUCCUACCUUGCUCCAAUGCACUCUCAUCAUCCUCAUGCUCACCAGCUUAGUCCAAUGGCACCCUCUUCUAUGUCCAGCCACCAUCAUCACCACCAUCACCUGAGUCAGUCUACCACCCAUCACCACCACCACCACCACCAGACCUACACUGGAGCUGGCCUACCUUUCAACUCUUCUGAUUGCUUAGACUACAAGGAACAGACUGCCUCUCCUUGGAAGCUCAAUUUCAAUGCCACAGACUGCUUGGACUACAAAGAUCAGGCUUCCUGGAGGUUUCAAGUAUUGUGAGGACCUGUUGCUGCUUAUGUAAAAAGUUGCCAACAACAAACACAGGUCUUGUAAGACUGGGGAUGAGUUCUUGAACCCUGGCUCACUCCUCUGUGCACAGGCUGGACGAUUGUCACUGGAGCAGCAGCAGCAGCAAAAGAUGCAUUUUUCCUGCAGGAUUAUCAUGAACCAGCAGAGAAUAUAGUCAGAGCAUUUUUGUCCCAACAAAAUGCCCUCUCUACACACACACACAGAUACACACGCACACACAACAACACAUGUGCUAGACUAUUCUGUUACUGUUCUGGUGUUAAAUAGCCAAGCUGGAGUAAUCAUUCAAGACUUGCCUCAUUAUCCAAAGGUAUCCCUCACUUAUACCAUGUAUAGAUCCAUCAGCUCUUAUGGAUACAUCUGACUAACCUUUUGCUGUACUAAGCAGCUAAAGUUUUUUAAUAUCUGUCUGUUUAUAUAAAUAUAUAUAAUAACUGUAUUUGGUCCAUCACCACAGCCAUUUUAGGUACUCAUGGGUUACAUUUUUCUGAAUUAAAAUGCGGUCAAAUAAUGUCUUCUUUACCCCAUGUUUUGUGGUAUAAUGUAAGCUCAAAGUGUGCAGUGUCCUUUUACAUGUGUAACAGAUUAAUACAGGAUCAUCAGAUUUUUAACCAUACUAGGCAAGCAAUAAUCACAAGACUUCAGUCUCUGUUGGCUGCAGUACAGAAAGAGUUCCAUUUUGAAUAGCAUUUAAGAAAGAGUAUGCUAUGGCUAAAUAGCAAGCUUUAGUCCAGCAAAGGGCAUUUUCCAAAUUUCUAGGCUGCAUUAGUAGACAAUACAUGUAUUGUCUAGUGUUUUCUUAGUGUGUUUCCAUUUUACAGCCAUAUAGAGCACUUCCACAACCUGUUUCAUUGAGUACUGCUACUCUGUCCCCAGCUCCAUGGAAACUGUAAUUGACUUGCAAUUUUUGGUAUUACACUUCAGUUUUCAAAUGUAUUUAAGGCAUUUAUACAGAUCCAUAUAAAUAAAAAUUGGUUUAUUAUA